GGGUGAGACGCAUACUUUUUCUCACUGGCCUAUUCGCCAUAUCGUAUUCGUUUUGAUAUCGUUGCGACUCACUGUCGUCCUCCCCGCACUUGAUCCAUUAAUUUAGUGUUUUGUAAUGUUUUUAUCAGCCGUAAAUAUGUGACAGUAAACCUGGAUAAUCACGUGGGCGGCCAUCGCAGAAUAUGGGCCUAAAAGCAGCGGUGCAGGCCCUAAAGAAAGCUGAACCACUGAAAGAUAAAGUACAACGAUGUAAAGAUCUUCUGAACGACAAUGAUGCUUGGCUUUGCCAGCAGCAGCUACAAAAGAUUUAUCAACAAGUUCUCAUUCUGGAUCUCGAAUAUGCUCUUGAUCGUAAAGUCGAACAAGAACUUUGGAAUCUCGGAUUUAAGAAUUACAUAGCCCUUCUUCAAUCACAGGCGAAAGAUCGAAAAAAUCCAAAACGAGGCGAGUCCCAGGCGAUGCUCAGUUGGUGUCUCGAAGCAGCCAGUGGCUUUUAUUUAACUCUUCUUCAAGAAAUAUGCACUGCAUUUGACCUCGACUUACCCUUCAGAAGAAAGGGUUAUGUUUAUGGUUGCACGUCACCGUGGAAAGCAAUUGAAAAAUUGACAGCACCUCACAAAUCCUCGUGUUUUUACGCUUGUCAAUAUUGUCUUGUACACUUGGGAGAUAUUGCACGUUAUAAAAAUCAAAAUAAACAAGCGGAAUUAUUUUAUCGACACGCAGUUUCAUUGUCGCCGUCAAGUGGUCAACCUUACAAUCAAUUGGCACUUUUGGAAGCAUCACGUGGUGAUAAAUUAGGCACAGUAUUUCAUUAUGCACGCUCAAUAGCAGUGAAACAUCCAUUUCCCGUGGCAACGACAAAUUUGGCAAAAACAUUGUCAUCCGUGAUAAAUGAUGAUAAUUCAUUUAAUAUUGAUGGAAAAACAAAAUUAACGUCACAAGAAUAUUUAUUGGCAUUUUUAAAGUUACACGCAAUAUUACAUAAUUUGGGUGAUUUAAGUCAAGCGACAAAAUAUGUGAAAUUAUUGACAGAAACAUUGACAGCAUUAAUUGCCACUGAAAGUUUUAAUUCAUGGCGACUUGUACAAAUGUUGGUAAUUAAUUUAUAUGCCUUGCAACAUGCAGCGGGAACAUCGUCUGAGAAUAUGGAUUUUUUAAGCGCUGAUCAAUUGAGUGCGGAUGAGAAAUUUGCGAAGGAAUGUAUUUUGGAUCUUGUCGCUGGUAGUCUCUCAGCUCUAUUGUUGCCUGUUUAUACGAUUAAAAAUGCAAUUGUCGAUUAUUUCGCUUUACCAAGUAUCAAAUUGUGCCUUGAUUGGAUUCGUCUGAAGCCGACAUUAUUGGAAGAACCUGCAUUCGCUACUCGGCUGCAAAUAUGGCCAAGUCUUUGUGUUUUACUCAACGGUCUACAAACAUGUGUAUUAGACUUCAAACACGAUCAGUAUACCAAAGUACCACUGCCGGAGGAUCGAGACCUUCAGGGUUUUCUACCAUUAGAAAAAAGUUUCGAACCGCUCCGAUUCACAAACACGGAUCUGGAAGGUGAUACCGUUUCUUUGAAUAAAUUGCGAGCGAUUCGAAUCCUACAGUCAGGACGAAAAAUAUCCCAAUAUCAAGUUAAUGGCUCGGCUUUAAUAACAAUCGGAGAUGAGGAAAAUGAGAAAUUUACAUCUGCAAUCGAAGGCGUUGGACCUAGUAACGAAUUAAUGCGCGAAUUAGAGGAACUAAGUUUGAAUAAAGAAAAGCAAAUUGUCGCCAAUAGUCCCGUUCCAUCUGAAUCGGCAAGCAGUAAAGGAUCCUCCGAAACUGACGCAUUCGAAAUCUCACUUGAGAAGAGAGUUGGAAUUCUAAAGCCGCAAGGUUCAUUAGAAAGAAACCGUGACAAUGUGGUGAUUAAUACGAGUGCAAUUAUUGUCGAAUCACAUGCAAUAUUGCCAGCGGCGGCACGUAAACCUCGUCAAAAUGUUGCUAUGCAAGCGAUAAUGCGACGAGCCGAGACGGAGCAAAAACAAGUGACCUUUAAAAAUGUCUCACCAGUUAUUGCCGAUUUGGAAGAAUUAAAGAAAAAUAAAUCCACAAUUGUUCCGGGAAAUAAAUCAUCAUCAAUUGGUACACCAAUCACCGUUCAAAAUCGUCCAACUCUCAUGCCAAUUCCAAAUCCUAGCCAAGUGACGAAAAAAUCUCCAUCAAUCACUCAAAAUCCAAUUGCACCACUUUCUCAAAAUCCACUUACUCCUCAAAAUUCGAUUACACCAAUGACACAAAAUUCAAUUCCACCUCAACAGCCACAAAUUCCACCUCUCACUCCAAGUCAAAUUCAAACUUUGAAUCAAAUUCAAUCGCUGAGUCAAAUACAAAAUCAAAUUCAAUCGCAACAAAUGAAGGCACAGACUUCACUAUCAUCUCAAGGUCAAUCACAAAGUCAUCAUUCACAAACGAUUCCUCCUCAGAGUCAGCAAUAUUCCACCAGCGAUCAAAGAAAUAUUUCCCAGUACCAAUUGCCGAUGAAUUGCUUUCCAAAUCAAUCGUUCAACGUUCAAAAUCCAGCAUUCAGCAAAAAUUUCAUUGUCAAUCAAGCCGAUUUUCCAAUUCAAGGACAAUAUCAACAGCAAAAUCGAAUACAUCAACGUGGAAAUCAAAAUCCAAUUAUCAAUCUUAAUAAUCCCUCGCUGAAAAUAUCGAAUAUUGGCCAACAGAACAUUCCUAAUUUAAAUCCAGUCAGUCAUCAAACAAAUACGAAUUUACAACAGACACUUGGAAUUCAUCAGCAAAACAUGAUGACUGAUCCACGAAAUAAUGGAAUGAAUUUGCCAAAUCCAAUAAAUAUGCCAGGUUCAAUAACAAAUUUAACAGGUUAUCAAAAAAAUCUCCAGCAAAGUGGACCACCGGGUGUUGCUAGUUCUGAUCACGGUAAUCUUCAAAUGGGCUUCAAUUCAAAUUAUGGACAACAAAGUAAUUUCAAUCAAAUGCAACCAAAACAAAUGCAAUCAUCGUCAUCGUUUGCAAAAAAUCCGGGACAAUUUUCUCAACCAACGGGUUUAAAUAAUAAAGGACAGACAAUUAAUAAUUAUCCCAUGUUUCAUGGUUAUGAGAAUAAGGAUUUUAAUCUAUGGAAGGAGCCACAACCACCGCAACCUCCUUUAAAUUGGUGGGGAAAUUCUGGACAAGGUCAAAUGCUACCGGCAAAGGAGAGUACCGAUGGCUUUCCAAAUUGGACGAAUGCACCAAAUUCCAGUAACAUGAUUGGACGAGUGCCUGUGAAUAAUUCGGGGAAUAAUUAUUCGCAAAAUACUUAUCACGGACGGCAUUAUAAUACAAGGACUGGUCUUGAUGAUGCAAGACCUUUUGAUAUGGAUCAGAAGCAACAGCAAACAAUCACGACAGGAAACACUUAUUCUCUAUUCAGUGGCAAUAGUUGGGGCGCAAGUGGACAAUCUUUAGGUCUAUCAAAUCAAGACCAAAUGAAAAGUCGACUCAAUCAACAAUCGCUAUGGUCCGGACCUGGACCAUCACCAUUGGAACGUCUUUUGGAACAACAAAAAUCCCUUCGAGAAGGUGGUACUUGAAGGAAAAACAAAAAUGACCCAUGUCGUUGAUUACAAAAAAAAAAAAAAAAAAAAAAAAUAAGAAAAGGGGAAAUCCUGUUUUUUCAAUUACCCAAAAACACGCGGGAACGGGUAACAAAAUAUGCAAAAGCAAAAUCGUUUAAAUUACCAAGAAGCUAAUUUAUCAACACUGGAAUUUAAAUUGCAUAGUGAGAAUAAAAAGAAAACAAAAAUUUUUAGAGUUUUGUAGAAUGAUGAAAAAGAGAACACACAUCCGAGAAAUAUUAAAAAAAAAAAAAAAAAGUUCUUGGAAUAAUAAACUGCAUUUGAAUGCACUGAGAGAAUAAAAAAAAAUCUUCAGCAGUGUUCCCGUGAAAACUAAAAAACUCGUGCAAGGAGGUCCGAAAGAAUUUAAAGAAUAUACUGAUAAAUAAUGGAAAAAAAUAUAUAAAAAGGUCCGUGUUGUGACCAUGAAAAGAAUUAGAUUUCGUUUAUCAGUAGUUGCACUUUGAGAGUGGCCUCUAUUAGUAUAUUACAAGUAUAGUUAAAUUAUUAUGUAAUUAAUUAAUUCGCAUUUUCGACACCAAGAUUUCUAGAGUUUCGUUACAUUUUCUUUUUCUUCGUUUUUUUUUAUCUUUGUUCUUUUUAAGAAAAAAGCUUAUCUCGAGGCCGUGUGUCUUUUUUCACUGCACUUUUUAUACCAUAUAUAAUAUAUAAAACGAUAUAUUCUGCCGACGAUACUUGUCCGAGAAAAACAUAUUUUGCAAUCCGGACGAUUUUUCUUUUAACAUUAAAUAAUUUAAAAGUCGCUGAACGACAAUCCAAUUUCGUAGAUUUUAUAACAAUUGAAAGAAAAAUAAAUUGUAUCACGUUUUUGAAGAUUUGGUAAAUUGAGCUUAAUUAGUUUAGUGCAGCGACUGUCCGCGGCUUCGAUGAUAGUCAAAUAGAGGACAAUAUUAAAAAAAAAGAAAAAAAACGACGUAGUGACAUAAUUAUGUUUAAAGUAACAAAAUUCAUAGUUAUAUUCGAUUACAGGUAAAUAAAUGAUGUUGAAAUUAA